GGAUGAUAACGCGGCUGAAAGCAAAGUCAGAGGGGAAGCUUGCAAAACAGAUUUGCAAAGUUGUUUUGGAUCAUUUUGACAAGCAGUACUCCAAAGAACUUGGAGAGUCCUGGAAUACAGUAAGCAAACUAGUCCCAUUGUUAAAAGACGCUUGGUCGGCUUCAGCGGCCUCGCCAUUUGUUCGAGGUGAAGUUGGGAUGCAAAUUCUCUACCCGCCCUUGUCCACCUCUGGUGCUGCACAACCAGGAUAUCACUGGGAAUCGCACAUGGAAAACGCUUGAAAGCUGAGACAGGAGACAAACUGGACUCUUUAGUGAGCUGUCUCACAUUAAAAAAAUUGUUCUUUCUUGAGAAGCCAAAUGAUUUGGAAUAUACUGAUAACACCAUCAUUGUGGCAAUAUGCCAUCCUCCUCAACAGAUUCAAUUAUCCUUUUGAGCUGGAAAAGGAUUUGCAUUUGAAAGGCUAUCACCCACUCUUUCAAGGAUCUUUAUCCUAUUAUCCUAACUCAAUGAAGUGUUACCUCAGCCAAACUCCUAGUCGAAUGCCUUCUGAAAAACACCAAGUUGGAAACCUGAAAAAAUACUUCCUCCUAAAUGCAGCUUCUCUUCUACCAGUGCUGGCGCUGGAGUUUCGUGAUGGGGAGAAGGUUCUGGACCUGUGUGCUGCUCCUGGAGGCAAGUCAGUAGCUCUGCUGCAAUGUGCUUAUCCAGGUUAUCUUCAUUGUAAUGAAUAUGAUAGUCUGAGACUGAGAUGGUUGAAAGAAACGUUAGAAUCUUUCAUUCCACAUCCUUUGAUAAAUGUAAUUAAAGUGUCUGGAUUGGAUGGCAGAGAAAUGGGAGAUGCCCAGCCUGAAAGGUUUGACAAGGUGUUAGUUGAUGCUCCAUGUUCCAAUGACCGUAGCUGGUUGUUCUCUUCCGACUCUCACAAGGCUGCCUGGAGAAUACAUCAAAGGAAGAAUUUGCCUGUUCUCCAGGUAGAACUCUUAAAGUCUGCAAUUAAGGCCUUACGUCCUGGAGGGCUACUUGUGUAUUCAACGUGCACACUUUCCAAGGCUGAAAACCAAGAUGUGAUCAAUGAAGUUUUAAACUCCUGCAGUAACAUUGUACCUGUGGACAUUACAGGAGUAGCAAGGACUUGCUCCAAAGAUUUUACAUUUGCCCCCACUGGGCAGGACUGUGGCCUCUUGGUAAUUCCUGGUGAAGGUAAAGCAUGGGGCCCAAUGUAUGUGGCCAAAUUGAAAAAGAUAAUGAGCACAGGAAAAUGGUGAUAUGAAUUUUGUAAGCCAUGCUGAAAUAUAUAUUUAUUUUUCUUAGUUUUGUACAUGUUAAUAUUUAAUUAUAUACUCACUUUCCCUGGGUCUGUUUGGAAUCCUACUUAGUUAAUAUUUUAGCAAAACAGAUCCUGGGCUUACAGAAUUUUUAGAUGAAACAUUCCUAGAAUAUAUUUGUAGUAAUGAGUUAAGGUGGUAUAGAUGGUGUUUGUUAUAUAUAAUAAAUCUUCUGUCUUUUACUUGGCAUUUUAUUGUUAAAUUAAUCAGAAUACAUGGUUCCAUGCCUAAAAUGUAUAGCUCUAUUUGUGUUUUGAGCCAUUAAAAAUGGACAUUUGCCUCCACUCUUACUGUUUUCUUCCUUAUCAAAUGUAACUCUUUUUAGUUAGAACUGAUUGGUUUUUUGAGGUUAACUUCUUAAGUAGCACAAUUUCUAAUGCUAGCAAAAUAGGUUUCUUAUUUACGAAGUUGUUUUCUGUUAAGGACUGACUUCUGUUUACUUCAAAGGUCAGUGACUCUAUUGACACCAGCUUUAUUUUCCCUCAGUUUUUAUUUUGUAUUCAAAAAUACAAAUUGAAAGGGUAAAUUAUGUUGAAAGGCCUUUAGAAAGCAGAUUCACAUGCGCAUGUUUGACUUUCGGCAUUCAGCUUGUAGAAUAAUGGAGUCUAUCCAGCAGGCUAUAAAGCAAGUACUUGAAACAAAACCAGAAUGAUUAAUAACUGCAAUAACUAAACUAUAUUUGGAGAGUUUUGUUACAUAAUCACAGCCAUAAUGAGUACUACAGAAUCUGAUUAUCUUACAGUUGCAAUCUGGAGGGAAUUUGUACUUCACUCUUAUGAAAUGUUAUGUGAGAAUGUGAUGUCACGUAUUAAUGCACACAAGGGAGAUGCCUAAUGAGAGUGAAUUGUCUGUGAACCAUUUAUCUUACAGCUGGCUUUCUCUGUUUGGCUAUAUACUGGGAAUGUUGUAUAUAUACACAUAUACACAUACAUACUUAGGGUUUUAUCUUCAGUUUCGUAUCAUGCAUUUUCUCCAGAAAUUACUUCACUUGAGUCCAAACUCAUGUUUCGAGCUAUUAAGAAGUACUAUGCCAGGAAUGGUUGUGUAAGCCUGUAAUCACAGCACUUAGAUAGUUGAGGCAGGAGAUCACAAGUUCAACUUAAGCCUGGACUAUAUAAGAAGACCUUCUUUUAGGAAGGGAAUGGAGGAAAGAAGGAAGGAGAAAGAAAGAGGAAAUGUAUGCAGUAUAUUUCCAAUUAGAAAUUGAAAUUUCUAACUGGCCAUGCCGCCUUGAACAUUCCUGAUUUCACCUAAUCUUGGAUGCUGGUCAGGGUCGGGCCUGGUUAGUACUUUGAUGUAAGAAAUUGGAAAAUAGCUUAAAAAAACUGUGAUUAUAGUAACACUAUAGUUCAUUGUACUCUGUGAAUUAAAUUAUGGAUUGUUUUCUCAUUGCCUAUUUUAUUUCAAGCUUAUGUAACCAUCUUCAGAUCACUGGGAGGUCUAAGAAAAUGUUUUCUGUACCUUUGUUCUAUUGACAACUUUUGAAAAUUGAUCUAGCCAGUCUGUUUUAGAUAAUGCUAGAUCCCUUGGCCCCAUCAGGUAUAGUCAGUUCAUAUAAAGGGCUAAUGAUUACAGAAAAUUUUUGUUGUUGUUUUACUUUGUACUUAUUGAUCUGUUUUAUUUUUGUAGUUCAAAUCUUGUCUUUGGUUACUAUAGGUGUAAAAGUAUUGUUUAUUUUAUAUAAAUAAACCUUGAAGUAAAUUUUCACAGUUA